AUGGCGCGGUCACGUGGGGCGGGGAAGUGUGCGGGAGCGGGCCGGGCCGCGGCAGAGGUCCGUGAGGCGCUGAGGGCCCGGGAGCCGGUCGGCGAGGUUAAAGUGCAGGGCUGGGUCCGUUCUGUCCGAUCCCAGAAGGAAGUUUUGUUCCUGCAUAUAAACGAUGGGAGUUCUCUGGAAAACCUCCAAGUGGUUGCUGAUCCCAGCCUGGAAAAUAGAGACCUGACUUUCGGAAGCGCGGUGGAAGUGCAAGGGAAACUGGUCAAAAGUCCUCACAAGAUGCAAAACAUGGAGCUGAAAGCUGAAACCAUCCAUGUAGUGGGACCCUGUGAUGCCGUGUUGUUUCCCCUGAAGAUGAAGGAGAGGCACCCACUGGAAUAUGUCCGACAGUUCCCUCACCUGCGGUGCAGAAACAACACCCUGGGCUCCCUCUUGAGAAUCCGCAGCGAGGCCACUGCUGCCAUCCACUCUUUCUUCCAGGAUAAUGGCUACGUGCAUAUUCAUACCCCCAUAAUUACAUCAAAUGACUGUGAAGGUGCUGGGGAGCUCUUUCAAAUUGAGUCAUCAAAUGAGGCAAGGAAAUCUGCAGAAAAGACCCAUUUCUUCAAUGUUCCUGCCUUCCUGACAGUUUCUGGCCAGCUCCAUUUGGAAGUGAUGGCAGGGGCUUUUACCCACGUGUUCACCUUCGGCCCAACAUUUCGAGCCGAGAACUCGCAGAGUCGCCGGCACCUGGCAGAGUUUUAUAUGGUGGAGGCUGAGCUGUCCUUCACUGAAAGCCUCCAAGACAUCAUGCAGGUUAUGGAAGAUCUUUUCAAGACAGCGACAAAUACUGUGCUCUCCAGAUGUCCUCGUGAUGUUGAGCUUUUUCAUAAAUACAUAGCUCCUGCCCAGAAGGACAGGUUGGAACAAAUACUGAAGAACAAAUUUGUGACAAUUUCCUACAGCGAAGCAAUAGAAAUUUUGAAGCAAGCUCCUCAAACUUUCACUUUCAAGCCAGAGUGGGGCUGUGACCUCCAAACAGAACAUGAAAAGUACCUGGUGAAGCACUGUGGUGAGGUUCCUGUGUUUGUCAUUAACUACCCAUAUGACCUCAAACCUUUCUAUAUGCGGGACAAUGAAGAUGGACCUCAACACACAGUUGCAGCUGUUGAUCUCCUUGUACCAGGAAUAGGUGAGUUGUGUGGAGGCAGCUUGAGAGAGGAGCGACUGCCCUUCCUUGAAUCCCGCUUACAGAGAUUAGGACUCACAGAUGCCUACCAAUGGUAUCUGGACCUCCGAAAAUUCGGCUCAGUUCCUCAUGGAGGCUUUGGAAUGGGAUUUGAACGCUACCUGCAGUACAUCCUGGGAGUUGACAAUAUCAAAGAUGUGAUUCCUUUCCCCAGGUUUUCUCACUCCUGUCUCCUGUAGCUCAGCAGUUGAUUCGUGGAGAAUACUGCUGGUGUGUCUGUAUGUAUAUAACAUAUUAGGAUAUGACUAAAUGUGUUUUAGCAGGAAAUGGAGAUAAUUUUUAUAUCAGUGGAACUCUUAGUAAAUUUAAUAUGGGCUUAUUGAAAAUAAUGUAUGUUGUGGCAAAAUUAUGGAAGCACACUCUCAAUUUGAUAGCAGUUCAUAUCUUCAGUGCACUUCAGGAGUAUAAAUAAAUCCCACUUAACUUAAGGGUUAAGAUCCUCAUGAGACUAGUACAAGCCAUGGAAGUACUGAAUAAGCAUUGUUGGGAGGUGUAGUGGGUUUUUUAUGUGAAGUGUUAAUAUGGAGGUGUGACCUAAAAU